CUGUGUGUAUUUUGGGUUAGGGUUAGACUCAGGUAUUUCUCACCCUGUCGAGGAGAAGAGGGAGCCGAGCCCGUGGCUGCCUGAGAACCUUAUGGAACCCUGAGAGAGGGAGAGCAAGGGAGAGAGCGAGAGGAAGGGGAACCAGUGCCGUGAGUGGGGAGCGAGAAUGCUGUAAAGAGCACAGUUCAGGGAGGAAAUAAACUGGACUUUUCUGUCUAUAUUAUUUUUUUAAACUGUGGACUAUCUGAUACGUUGAGUGAGGGUCUCAGUGGAUUAUACAGAACCAUACAGACAGAACCAGCACCAUGGGAGCCCCCAGGGUAAAGGUGUCCGUUAUCUCGCCGCUACUCGUGCUCCUAUUGUGCAUCCCCUCCUCCCACGCGCAGGACGAGUACUCUGGUUACCACUCAGGGGAUGAACACACCUAUGAGGGCUCCUUGGUCGACAACUAUGAGCAUUCAGGAUACCCACAACCAGAGGAAUACCCACCGGAGCACACUCACAGCUAUGAGGAGCAGCAACCCUCAUCUGGAUAUGACCCCUAUGUACCAGCCCCCACCAGCGUGAGCAUGAUCACAGAGGACUCCUACCCCUACACCACCACCACACAGGUGCCAUACGAGCAGGAGCCCUACUACGAAGAGUCGCUCCAGGCCCCUGGUGGUGGGGAGGCUUCUCUGGGGGAGGAGGGGCCAACAGACUGUAACUGUGAGCCAGGAGAGCCAGGGUUCGCUGGGUUUGCAGGGCCCAAGGGAGCCAGAGGACUGCAAGGUAAAGAUGGCUUCCCUGGGGCUCAAGGACGCGAGGGGUACAAAGGAUUCAAAGGAGUUCUAGGAAGAGGAGGAGACACAGGGCCUGAGGGUGACUCCGGGCCUGAUGGGGAGGAUGGUGCCUCUGGUUUCUCUGGAGCCCAGGGCUUGCCUGGUCUUCCUGGCGAUCCAGGUGAGACUGGGGUGCUAGGUCUGAAGGGUGACAUCGGUAUGGAGGGGCCACGCGGAGGAGUCGGGUUAACGGGUGAGACUGGUCCAAUUGGUGAGGCAGGGCCUGGUGGGCCUGAUGGAACUGGAGGUAUCAAGGGAUCAACUGGAGCAGAAGGGAAACAGGGUCCUGAGGGAACAGACGGGGAAAAGGGUCAGAUUGGAGCACCUGGAUUCUCAGGAGACCAUGGGGAGAUGGGCUAUAAUGGGUAUCCUGGAGAGCCAGGAGGCAGAGGAGAGACCGGUCACAAGGGUGACCAAGGCCCAGGGGGAAUGCCAGGCAGUGAUGGGGAGCCUGGAGAGGAUGGUCCUCUUGGAGUUCCUGGGGUGAUCGGCUUUCCUGGAGAGUUUGGACAAAAGGGCGCAAGAGGGGAUCGUGGUGUGAGGGGACCUCUUGGGAGAGUAGGAGCUGGGGGGCCUCAAGGAGAGAGGGGAGAUGCAGGAGUUCCAGGGAAACCAGGACCUAAAGGCCUGCAGGCCCAGCCUGGAGCCAAAGGGGAGACAGGUCCCGAUGGUGAUAAGGGUGGGGUUGGAAGAACUGGAGUGAAGGGAGGGAAAGGAGACAAGGGAAGUUUUGGAGCACAUGGUGACAAAGGACAGCAAGGGGAGAGAGGUACCAUCGGCCCUGAUGGCAUUGUUGGACGAAAUGGACCCCCCGGCAUCCCAGGUUCGAGAGGAGAGCCAGGUCCAGGCGGUGACCUGGGCGUCAAAGGUGGCUCUGGACCUAAAGGAGUGCCAGGUGCCCCUGGCCCUGGGCUGACAGAUGAGCAGGUAUUGCAGCUGUGUAAAGGAGUGGUGACAGCCCAGAUCUCCCAGUAUGCAGCUUCCAUCCGGGCCAAGUGUUCCCAAGGCUGCCCCAUCAACAACCGCACACUCAUUGGGCCGCCCGGAACUAGGGGACCAACUGGAGAAUCAGGCAAACCCGGUAAAGCGGGCAAAGCUGGAGUCAAAGGAGCCAGGGGCAUCCAAGGGGACACAGGAGUGGAUGGUCAGAAGGGGGCAGAGGGGGAAAGAGGAACAAAAGGUCCGAAAGGAAAGGGGGGUGAGCCUGGUAAAGGUCUGCCAGGACACGAUGGGCAUCAAGGCCUCAGAGGGAUGCCAGGCCACCCAGCAGAGCCAAAUAACGGUAUGGCAGGUCCCAGAGGGCCCCGUGGUUUCACAGGCGCUUUAGGUCAGCCUGGCAUGGCGGGCAACGCAGGAGUGCCGGGCUUCUGUGAGGCACGGGACUGCAGCAUUCACGCGCCUGUGAUGCGCAAGGAGCAGGGCCUAGUGAAGGGACCCCGCGAUCUAAGCCCCAAGAUCUAACCCCAACAAGGAGCUUCAGGAAAAGGUGAAGGAAUGGUCAACGAUGAGGGGUCAUGUUGGACGGUCGCUCCAUGGCAACGUUGGGGUUAAUUCCAUUCACAUCUCAGCCAUACCAGGAAUUUAAGUUGACAUUGAGUUUUGAACUGGGAAAUGACCAAUGUGUACAGCGUUGAUCUUUUUGAAUUUCAUAGCUAAUUCAAUUCCUGUAAUGACUGAUAUUGAAAUGGAAUUAAUCCGAGCAUUGUUCAAUGUGGCUCACCAGUGUUGGAAGGGUUUGGUGGGACACGCUGGACUCUGCACAGGGAGAUGAAGGCUCCCAAUGAACUCUAAUGUUUAGGCAUAAUUGCAAACUUUUUUUUCUAGGCGAAAACAAUCCUUAUGAAUUUUUUAUGCUAAAACAAAAAAUUAACAAGUAAACAAGUAAAGGGGCUUGAGAAACUGGCUAAAAGAAAUUGGCAGAAAAUGAAACUUGCAGGUGUCUCUGGCUACCAGUCAGGUUUUGUUUUUGAUAUGAUCAACAAUUGAAAAUAAAAAGUUAUGUAAAUAAUUUUGUAAAGUAUUGCAAGUACAUGUACUGUGUGUUCUGAAAUAUCACUGUUUUAGAUAAAUUCUGUCUUACUUUUCUUAAGAUGAGUCCUCACUUUUUUUGUCGCCACAGUUUGAGUGUCUUUCUGAGAAUGGAUCUCUUUCAGUCACCUCAUGUUAUUCGGGUUAAUCGGAAUAACUUUUUUUUACCAUUCUGUCACGCGGGACUAGGUGUGUGAGGUAGGAAUCAGGCGCAGAGAGCAGAGAGUUCCAAGGGAGAAGUGCACUUUAAUGUGGCACCAAAAUACAAUGCCCAAACACAGGGCUCGAAAAUACGGACCAACCCAAAACACAGGGUAGCCAGUCCGGAGCAUGAACACACCCAACAACACAACACGUAACACCAGAAUAAUCCCGCCGAAAACCAGGGUGGGUUUGCUAGCCUUAAAUAAGGACGCCCAUCAGGAAAACAUAAUAGGACACAGGUGCAACUAAUAAGACAAAACAAACAGAAAAGGGAAAAGGGAUCGGUGGCGGCUAGUAGGCCGGUGACGACGACCGCCGAGCACCGCCCGAACAGGCAGGGGAGCCAACUUUGGCGGAAGUCGUGACACAUUUACAGAUGUU